GGCCGUAAGGGGACUUUGUGCCAAAGUCCAAUGUUUUGGUUUAGGUUUCAGACUUUGAGCUCAGAUCAGCUGGAGCUCCAGUCACAGGCUGCAGAUGAUGACUGAAGUUUGAAGGCAGAGACGCGACGCCCCGGAUUAACAGUGACAUGUCUCAUACCGCGGGUUCAGGAGAGAAAGAAGAGACAGAAGAGGCAGCUGAUGUGAAGGGUGAGGAAGAUGAUGACGAUGCUGAAACUGAACAGAGUGAAGACCUCAGGAUGGUCCUCGUUGGAAGGACCGGCGGUGGGAAGAGCGCGUGUGGAAACACCAUCUUAGGCCGGAGGCGGUUCCUGUCUCAGAGCAGCGCCAGCUCUGUCACACACGUUUGUGCGCUCGGCAGCGCUGAGCUCGAGGAGGACGAGGCUCCUGAGGACGGCCGUGCUGCCACACAGCGGUGGAAGCAGAGAGUCGCUGUGGUGGACAUGCCGGGUUUUGGUGACACUCGCCUCACGGCGGAGCAGGUUCACACAGAGGUCGCCAGAUGUGUGUCUCUCACUGCCCCUGGACCACACGCUUUCCUCCUGGUGGUGCCACUGGGACGAUACACUUACACUGAGAGCCAGGCGGUCUGUGAGUUCAUCAAGGUAUUUGGGGAAGGUGCCCUCCGUUACCACACGGUGGUUCUGUUUACCAGAGGUGAUGACCUGGAGGGCCGAGGGAUGGAGGAGUACCUGGGGCAGAUGGCCCCUGCUGGGCUCCAGGCUCUGAUUGACAUGUGUGGGGGCAGGUACCAUGUCUUCAACAACAAGGACCCCAGCAACUCAGCGCAAGUUAGGGAGCUGUUGCUGAAGGUGGGAAGGAUGGUGGAGCAGACUGGCAGAGAGUUUUACACCAGUGGUGUCUACCUAGAGGCAGAAGCUGCCAUCAGAGAGGAGCAGAACAGGAUGCUGAGGGAGCGCGAGGAAGCAGAGGGCGAAGACCAGGGAGAAAGCAACGGUGAGGACAAUCAGGCUAAAGAGUCAAAGCUGGGGAAAUGUGACUUAGAGGCCGACGUCGCAGACGGCAGCGAGGAGAGGCUGGAGGACAAUGAUUUGUGGGUGGAGAGCUUCUCCGCUGAGAGCAGACACAGCGCCUUCAGUCUCCUGGGGGACAGAGUUAAAAGGUGCAGGGACCGUUUCAGAGGCAGGCGUAAUGGAAGCAGCAGGCGACAGUCGCUCCGUCUGUCUUUGAGGAGGGAGGCCGCGCUUUCUGCCAAGGUGCUGGACAGGGUCCGGGUCCUGGUGGCUGCUGGAGCCACGGGCUUGGCGGUCGGGGCUGUGUUCGGCGCCGCUGCUCCGUUGGCAGCGGCAGCGGGGGCCUCUCUCGUGGGGACCUCGCUUGGUUUUGCUGCGGGUCAGUUCGCCGGCGUGUCUGUGGCUGGAGGCGCGGGUGUGGGCAAAGCCGUAGGGGCCAUAGUGGCGGCAGCGUCAGGCAAAAGUGCAGUGGCGCUGGGGGCAGCAGCAGGGGGGGUUCUGGGCGGUUCUGUGGGAACGGUGGCUGGUACUGAGGCUGCAAGUCCUGCAGAGGGCGCUCUGGAGGCCCUUGGACAGGUCAGCAUUAUAGGGGCCUCUGCUGUGGGGCUGGCAGCAGGUGUGGGGGGGGCUGUGGGAGUUGGGGCCGCUUUAGGGGCAGCUCUGGAGGGAGCCGCUCUCAGCACUGCAGCCCUCAGUGGGCCCGAAGGUGCAGCCGUGGGCGCCGCCGUUGGUGCCGCCACGGCUGCGGGACAGCGGGCGGCGGCCGUGGCUGCAGCUCCAGGGGCCCCGCAGGCGGCUGCAGCAGGCGCAGCAGCAGGCGCAGCAGCAGGCGCAGCAGCAGGCGCCGUGUGUGGCGCCGGCUCCAGUGUGGCGUCAGCAGGCACCGCUGCCUCAGACCCGUGGGGCACGGUUGCAGCAACGACGCGCAUCCUGUCGGCUGUGGCCGAGAUCGGCAGGGCUGCAGCCGGCAUCGCCGUGGCCGGCGGGUUGGUGGUGAAGGUGGUGAAGGAGAAGGUCCGACGUGGCACCGGAGCAGCAGAGUCCACUUACUCUGAGACCAAGUCCUACGAGAUUCAGUGGAACAAAUAAACACACUGACCACACAGCGUCUCAGUUACUGCAUGGAGAUGUCACGGCCUCAGACGUGAACAGCCCUCAAGUUAAAGCAGUACAAUAAAAAAUGUAUAAGCAAAAAAAAAAACAUAUUUUAGAUCAAAGAAAUCAAAUGGUCAUUGAAACAUGAAAUCAUCUUCAAAGAUAUGAGGUAAACUGUCAUUAAACAGUUUAAAAAGUUGUGAUUUAACAUCUGCUGCUUCGUUUGCAACUUGAUAAAACACAUCAAAAAUGUUUUAUAAAAGAAAAGGGAAAAGUAAUGAGAAUAAUUGUUUAUGCUAAUUUUAAAAAUGCACAUGCUUUUUCACAAUUAUCUGUUUUCAUAUUAAAGAAUCACCGAACAAAGCUUUUUACCCUGUUUUCCAUAAUGUAAUAAAGCAAAAAUGGUUUUGCUGUUGUCAUAAAAACCUUAACUGAUUUGAAAUUACCAAUAAAGACAUUAUUCUUCCAUUA